AUGUCCAACUACGCACUACCUGGCACAAACAACUCUCCCCGGAGCCACCCGGCCGGCCCGGGCCUGAAACCUCGAUCUGGGCGCUGGUACAUUCCCGUAGUGGCAGCAGUCGGUCUCGGCUUCUACGCGUACAAUUACUACGUCGACACAAAGUCCAAAAUCGAGUUCGCCGAGAUCGAGGAACAGAAACGCCUUGCCGCCAACAGAAAACUUAUGGAUGCAUACGGCAGCAAGGACUCGUUAGAGGAUGUGCAGCAGGCCUUUGAGAUGUACCGUCGAUGA